CCUUCAUUCUUUCUUUAUCUUUUCAUUCUUGUUCCAAUGGCUUCCUCAGUUAAACUCUUCAUUCUUUUACCAUUCCUCUCUUUGUUCAUCUCCACCUCCUUAGCACAAACCUCUUUCAGACCAAAAGCACUAGUUCUCCCCAUAACCAGAGACACUUCAGCCUCAACACCACAAUACACUACUCAAAUCAAACAAAGAACACCACUUGUACCAAUCAACCUAACCAUUGAUCUUGGUGGUGGCUAUUUUUGGGUGAACUGUGACAAGAGCUAUGUCUCAUCCACUUUAAAACCAAUCCUAUGUAGCUCAUCUCAAUGCUCACUCUUCGGUUCACAUGGUUGCAGUGACAAAAAAAUAUGUGGCCGUUCACCUUACAACAUUGUAACAGGUGUGUCCACAUCUGGUGACAUUCAGUCAGAUAUUGUUUCAGUUCAAUCCACAAAUGGAAACUAUUCUGGUAGAUUUGUUUCUGUUCCUAACUUUCUCUUUAUUUGUGGCUCUAAUGUUGUACAAAAUGGUCUUGCUAAGGGUGUCAAAGGUAUGGCUGGUCUUGGAAGGACUAAAGUGUCACUUCCUUCACAGUUUUCAUCAGCUUUUAGUUUCAAGAAUAAAUUUGCAAUUUGUUUAGGUACUCAAAAUGGUGUACUUUUCUUUGGUGAUGGACCUUAUCUAUUCAACUUUGAUGAAUCUAAAAAUCUUAUUUACACACCUCUUAUUACAAACCCUGUUAGCACUUCUCCAAGUUCUUUCUUAGGUGAAAAAUCAGUUGAGUAUUUCAUUGGUGUGAAAUCUAUUAGAGUUUCUAGUAAAAAUGUAAAGUUGAACACAACCCUUUUAUCUAUAGACCAAAAUGGAUUUGGUGGAACCAAAAUUAGCACUGUUAAUCCUUACACUAUAAUGGAAACAUCGAUCUAUAAAGCUGUUGCUGAUGCUUUUGUGAAAGCAUUAAAUGUUUCUACUGUUGAACCUGUAGCACCAUUUGGAACAUGUUUUGCAAGUCAAAGUAUUAGUUCUUCAAGAAUGGGACCAGAUGUUCCUUCCAUUGAUCUAGUGUUGCAGAAUGAGAAUGUGGUUUGGAAUAUUAUUGGAGCUAAUGCAAUGGUUCGUAUUAAUGAUAAGGAUGUGAUUUGUUUGGGUUUUGUGGAUGCUGGAUCUGAUUUUGCAAAAACUUCUCAAGUUGGUUUUGUGGUUGGUGGUUCUAAACCAAUGACUUCAAUCACUAUUGGUGCACAUCAAUUGGAGAAUAAUUUGUUGCAAUUUGAUUUGGCUACUUCAAGGCUUGGUUUUAGGUCACUCUUCUUGGAGCAUGAUAAUUGUGGAAACUUUAAUUUUACAUCCUCUGUUUAGAACUUAAUUAUUCUGCUCCAGUUAAAUAUCAUGUACCAGUAAUAUUUGUGUGUGUAAACUAGGUUGUGAAAUAAGUGAGGUUUUAUUGAUAUAUAGCCUCCCAAAUAAGAUAAGACUAGUAUAAGUAGAUAGAUGCAUCUUACAUUUGAAUGGCUAGGUUUCUAUUCUACUACAAUGUGAGUAAUCAUAUUAUUGAAGUGAUUUACUAAUUAACAAC